AUGGCUGCUUCCAAGACUCUCAUUGCCCUCGACGUUGGACUAAGCAAGCCAAUUCGGGGCCUCCCAAUGUCAGACAUUAUAUCACGGGGGGAAAUACUGCGAUUUUCGCUUGACGACUCGAAUGAGCCAACUCAGCCGUCUCUGCUGCUUUCCGACACACCCCAAGUUGCCCUCCCUGAUGGUGUUGUCUACAGCAAAAAGAAAGACCUCUUGUACUAUACCAACAUGGGUGUACCUCCUCUCAACGAUGGAAGUGUUUAUUCGCUCUGCCCAGAUGGAUCGGAUCUUCAGGUGGUGCUUUCAAAAGGCCAGAUACACACUCCAAAGCAACUUGCUCUGGAUGACACAAACGACAAGCUCUACAUCUCUGACAGAGAAGGCCUCCGCGUCUUGCGCUGUAAUUUGGAUGGUUCGGAGCUGGAAGUUCUCAUUGAAAAUGGAGACUUCCACGAUGCGGCUGUCAAUCGUGAUCAAACCCGCUGGUGUGUCGGCAUUACCGUUUCUCCUCGCAGAGGUCUUUUCUAUUGGACGCAAAAGGGCCCAUCAAAGUCAAACACCGGGAGAAUUUUCUGCGCGUCGAUCGAAGGUUCCGGCUUGAGACAACGAACGCUUCUACUUCAGAAUCUCCCUGAGCCAAUCGAUCUUGAGAUAGACGAGGCUACAAAUACGCUGUACUGGACUGAUCGUGGCGAAUUGCCUUACGGAAACACCUUCAACCGUGUGAAACUGGAAGAAAGUGGCACUCGUAUCGAUUCUGGGGGAUUUGUUCCCACACCAGGUUUUCAGCACGAGAUUAUCGUGCAGAACUUCAAGGAGGCCAUUGGGCUAUGUCACGACAAGGAUAACAAGAGAUGGUACGUAGCUGAUAUGGGAGGAACCAUCUGGUUCUUUGACGAGGAUGGUGGUGACAAGGUCUCGGUAUUUUCUGAUGAGAGUCGGUCAUUUACAGGUAUUGUUCUCGUAUCCUAG